ACCGAAGUAUCGCCGAGUGGUACCCAGUGCACGCCGGAGUUGGACCAAGGCAAGAAAUGUGUCGGUGGAUUGAUGCGUCACUAUGCCUACGUAACAGCCGUGAAGUCACGGAAACAGAACGUGCUCUUCCUGAAUCCAGGCGACUAUUUCCAGGGCACCACCUGGUUCAGCUCGCUGCCCACGAAGGACUUCGCUGCCAUUGUGUCGUACAUGAAGCACGAUGCCAUCGCCUUGGGAGUGCACGAGUUCGACCGGGGCACGGCCGACCUACGCACCUACCUGAAUGCCAUGGAAAACCAAGGCGUGCCCGUGGUCCUGUGCAACGUGGACGUGCGCCGAGAGCCCCGCAUAGAAAGCAAUGCUACCCAACCGUCGCGGGUGCUCAAGUUCAACAAUGGCACUGUCAGCGUGGGAAUAAUUGGAUACAUAAACCCGCUGACAGCCUUCAAGUCGUAUCCUGGACACACGCAGUUCACGAAUGACGUAGAGUGCGUCCGGCGCGAAGCCCAGCGCCUCAAGAAGCAGGGCGUGAACAUCAUCAUAGCGCUGGGCCACUCGGGCCUGGAAUACGACAAGCGCAUCGCGUUUGAAGUGCCCCUCGUCGACAUUGUGGUGGGCGGGAACUCGCACUACUUCAUGUUCAGCGGAAGCCCGCUCGUCGCCCCGCCGGAGCCUGUCUAUGGGCCGUAUCCCGUCGUCAUACAGAGACCUGACGGCACGCAGGCAGUAGUGGUAACUGCCUUCUGGUUCGGCAAGUACGUGGGACAGCUGGAGGUGCACUUCGACUCGAAUGGGUAUAUCCUUGGCUACGAAGGAUUUCCCGUGCUCAUGGACUCCUCCAUAGAUGUCGAGGCAGAUGACAGGAUUUACGUCUCCAAGCUGGCCGAGAGCAUCACCACCGCGCGCGAGAAGGCCGACACGGACAGAAAUCAGCCGAUCGGUUCGACCAAGGUGCUCCUAGAGGGUAGCCGCCAGAGGUGCCGCCUCGAGGAGUGUUCCAUGGGGAACCUGCUGACGGACGCGCUUUUCAACUGGUACGCGGGACUCUUGUCAGAGGACGACAACCUCUGGGGACCGGUCAAUGGCGCCAUACUGCCCGGCAGAGACAUCUUUGCCUCCAUCGACGAGCGCCUCACACGCGGUCGCAUCUUGCUGCAACACGUCAUCGAAGUGCUGGCAUUCAACGAUGAUGUGAACCACGCUUUCGUGGUCACUAUGCCUGGACGAAUCCUGCAGGAGCUUUUAGAAGGCUCCAUGAAAGAGUACGAUGUCACGAAGAGAGCACCUGUCACAGAUUUUCUUCAGGUCUCGGGCAUUCGAGUGGAGUACAACGUCAGGCGACGGCCUUACUACCGCGUCACCAGACUUCACACAGUCUGCACCGAUUGCCGCGUGCCGACGUACGUCGGCGUGGAGCCGAACAAGACGUACCGGUACGUGGUGCCGCAGACCAUGUUCAACGGCAGCGAGACGGUCAUCUUUGAGAAGCUGCCAAAGGCGAGCAUCCUCAACACAGCAAUAUUUUUAAACCUGGUUUACCCACCAGAACACAGAAAGAAAUUGAGUGGCGCCAUUUGGAAAGCGCGGUGGCGCCACCUGCUGCUCCAACGGAUCCGAGCUGCCAAGCGAGGCGACCGCAGGUGUGACUGUGUUGGAACUGGUCCGCCUGUACAUCAACCGGUCAUCGCCUAUCAGGACGAAGAUCGAAGGUCGCAUCACCAUCACGAGCGGUUCGGGACUUCGGAGACCUGCCGCACUUCUGCCUGGGUUCUUAGUGGUGGGCCUGCUCCAACUUGGGCAAGCGUCUGUCGGUGGCAUGCGCUGACAGGCACUUCCUUGGAGUCGUAAUAGGCUAGCAAGCUGCUGUUGCUUUGUUUUCAUGUAUUAAAAGUUAACGACUUAUUUUAAUAGAAAUAAUAAAAUAGGAAUCAUUUGGAAACUGA